AUAGAGAAGACGCGAUUCUGCACUGAACGAGCUUUAGUAGUGGAGAAUAAAAAACAAAGGGUACGUGGGUGCGUAACCUGUUGUGGUUCAGUUGUAGCGCCAGGGAGUUGCCUGAAUAAGUGAUCAGUGGGGAGUCAGUCUGAUGGAGACCUGCGAGCAGGGAAGCACAGGUGAAGCCCAGGGAGCAAUGGAGGUGAAUCUGGAUUAUUUACUUCAGCUCAAGGAACUCGACAUCCCAGAAGAAGAAGCGAAAAAGGUGAAUAUCCCCCCGGCCGCUCCCUGUUCUUAUCUCCUGUGUGUUUAGCAGAUCUAAAGGGAACCAUGUGACGCCCUUAUUGUGACCGGCAACAUCUCAGCAGAAGAAGCGGCAAUAUUUUAUUUUGAGAGCCUAGAGAGGCUGAAUGAGGGAUGCCUGGAAGACCUGAAGAAGAUGGUGGUGUGGUGCUUAGGGAACAGUCCCCUGGACAGGUAUGUCUGUUGAAGAAGAGGAGCUCCAACAAGCAAAUGAAGUAGUGUACCCGAAGGAAGACUUCAGACGGCUACAGGAAGAACUAGUUCCAUUGGUUGUGUGGGUUACUAGGGAAAUGGAAGAUGAACAGAAUUCUCACAAAAUGGUAUUUGUAGUGAAUAUGGAGUUGCCAAUGGGAGUGGGAAAGCUCUUCUUUCCUCAGAUUGCAGCACAAGUGGGGCAUGCAGCUGUUGGCCUGUAUCAGGUUCUAAUCAAGGAAUCCAAGACAAGAGAGAUGGCCUACAAAUGGGAUGAAUAUGGUGCAAAGAAGGUUGUGCUUCAGGGAUCUACUACAGCUCAUUUAUUGGAACUACAGGCGCUGGCCAUAAGCUUGAAUUUACCCAAUUACCUGGUGCGGGAUGCUGGCAGAACCCAGAUUGCAGCCGGAUCAUACACCGUCCUUUCCAUAAUGGGCGAAGCAGAAAGCGUUAACGUGGUCACUGGGAAACUGAAGCUGCUGAACUGAAAAGAGCAGAGAGAUGAAAUGCGGGAGAAGUCGGCCACUUAGCGCUUGUGGCUUCAUUAAAAGGAGGUCUGGCAGCAUGUUUCCCAACACUUCCCCUUAGAAAGCUGCAAAAAUCACUUCCACGCUGGCAGACGGAGGGUGAAAGCAAACUUGAAUGGUCAGCUUCUGAGCAACGUACAUGAGAAGCACAACCUUGUCAUGUCAUUUUUCAUCAUUGAGAAACCUAAAAACUGCAAAGGUGUUUACAAGAAAACAACAGCCACGUUGCUGAGAGCGCUCAGUGGAGAAUUCCAGUCUGGAAUCCGCCCGGAAAAAAAAAAAAUGCAUUUUAUCCCUGGAGUCUGCUCAAUCAAGGCUUAAGAAAAGGGAUAUCAUAAACGCCUGGCUUGGAAC